AUGAUCACAACUAUCCCUCACUCAAGUACUUUUCUUGGCCAGCAGGUCCAAGGCAAAACAGGGCCCUGUAGAACCUGCCACACAUUAAUCUUUGCCCAUGACUCUCUUCUUUUCUUUAGUGACUUCAAUCCAGCAGAUUUUGACUACCUGCAAGUGUCUUCUGAAAUCAAAGACCUCUUUGAAUACAUCAAGAGGUACACUCCCAAAACAGUAGAGAUUGAGCACAAGCUGCAGCCUUUUAUUCCAGACUUUAUUCCUGCUGUUGGGGAUAUUGAUGCAUUCCUAAAGGUUCCCCGUCCUGACUGGAAGCCUGACAACCUUGGCCUGCUGGUCCUGGAUGAGCCCUCAACCAAGCAGUCAGAUCCCACCGUGCUCUCUCUUUGGCUGACAGAGAACUCCAAGCAGCACAGCAUCACACAGCAGAUAAAAGUGAAGAGUUUGGAGAAUGCAGAGAAGAACCCCAAAGCCAUUGACAGCUGGAUUGAAAGUAUCAGUGAACUGCACCGCUGCAAACCUCCUGCCACAGUCCAUUACUCCAGGCCAAUGCCUGACAUUGAGACUCUGAUGCAGGAAUGGUCACCGGAAUUUGAGGAGCUCUUGGGAAAGGUGGGCCUCCCGACCGCGGAGAUGAGCUGUGACCUCGCUGAAUACAUCGACAUGAUCUGCGCCAUUCUGGACAUCCCCGUGUACAAGAGCCGGAUCCAACCUCUGCAUGUCCUCUUCUCCCUCUUCUCGGAGUUCAAGAACUCGCAGCACUUCAAGCCCCUGGCUGAUGGGCAGAAAGGCAGGAGCCCACCAUCCAACCCACCCUCACAAGCGGCAGAGGCAGAGGUGGUGAGCUUUACCUGAAGCUUCACAUUAAACCCUCAUCUCCUGGAUCACUGUCUGCUGCUGCACACUAAGGUGUGCCCAGAGCAGGCUGUGAAAUGUCACACAGCACAUCAAAAGCCUCCUUGGUCUUGGAGACAUUGCUAGGCUGUUCUGUGUUUGGAGAGUAGGACUUGACUCAUCAUUUUUGUUGCAGAAGCUGCCUAAUGGCUGUUUUUGACUUGUUCCCAAGGAGUUCAGCAUUAAACCAGCCUUUCAAA